GACCAGGGGCGGACUGACCAUUAGAACACUCGGGCACUGCCCGAGGGCCCAGCGUCAGUAGGGGGCCCCAUGAAAUGCCCCUGGUACCUUUCUUAGGCUUUUUUGAGUUGUGGGCAAAGACACAGGGGCCCCAUGAUCCCCUAUUGCCCGGGGGCCCAUGAGUUGUCAGUCCACCCCUGCACAGGUGUGUGGUGUCGUUAUACACUCAGGUAUGAGAACAGCUCAGGGCUCCCAGUUUGGAUUACACUCCCA